AUGCCCAUCAACGUCACGACGUGGGGCAUCAACUUCCUACCAUUGAGCAUUCCAUAUCUCCCAAUGGCGCACCUCACACGAGAAGAAAUACUCAAGUCUGGGGAAGUCGCUCCCGAAUACAGAAAGGCUUUUGAAGCGCGUCCGUUGGAUAUUGCGAGAGCAGACUUCUUCGAGUCGCGUUCCGCACGAGCCGAACAUCUUCAGAAGCUGCGCCAUUUAUACCCCAUUCCUGGUCCCAUUCCCGAUGUCGUUAAAGAGACUAUGCACACGGUGCCGAUGCGUGAUGGUGCGACCAUCAAUGUGCGUGUCUAUCAACCCGUUGCCGGACCGCCAGAGGGUGGGAGUCCACUGAUUAUGAUGUUUCAUGAGGGAGGCUGGAGUAUGGGCGAUCUCACGGAUGAAGAUAUGAAUUGCCGGAUGUUUACGAGGGAUUUGGGUGCCGUUUGUGUGAAUGUUGAAUACCGUCUCGCACCUGAACACAAAUUCCCCGUUGGCGUGAACGACUGCUGGGACGCGCUCAAAUGGGCCAUUGCCCAUAGUUCCCAACUCCAGGCCACACCAUCGCGCGGCCUCCUCGUCGGCGGCGCCUCAGCCGGUGGCCAGCUCGCCGCCGUCCUCGCCCUGCAAUCCCGCGACGAGAAACUAGAACCGCCCAUCACAGGUCAAUAUCUCUGCGUACCGGCAAUCCUCCCGGACACCAAUGUGCCCGCCGAAGUCGCACAUUUAUACCAGUCCCGCUCUACCAGCACAAACGAUCCCGUACUCAAGGGCCUGCCCCCUGGCGCAAUCGAGGCAGUCUACGGCCCGGAGCAGUUCUCGCCGUUGUGGGAUCCGUAUAACCACCCGCAAGGGCACAAGAAUGUAGCAAAAGCGUUUUUCCAGGUCGGUGGCCUGGAUCCGCUGCGCGAUGAGGCGGUGCUGUAUGACCGCAAGUUAAGGGAGAGUGGAGUAUUGACGAGAUUUGCCCUAUAUGACGGCUAUGGUCAUAUGUUUUGGACUAAUUAUCCCGAGUUGGAGCAGAGUAAGAGGUUUGUUGAGGAUACGUUGAUGGGAGUUAGGUGGUUGCUUGAGAGGCCGUCAAGAAUGAUGGUGUUGGACAUCACUGUACGCUCAGUCACGGAACUGAAAUGUGGAGCCAGUUGCCCCGCCGCGUCCACUUUCCCCAAACACCAACUUCCCCUCCGGCGACCGCCUCACAGCCGCCAACCUCAUCCUCGUCCCACCGGCUACUGCAACGGCGCCGCAGAGCGGUAUCUGCCGCAGCCGGCGGAACCGGUGGCAGUGGCGAAAUAG